AAGCCUCGCGCAGUUUCAUUUCCUUUUCACCCCUCAGUGACCCUCCAUCCCAGACUAGAGACAAGGAGCAACAAGCUUGAUUGAAUCAGCCGGUGCUACUACCGUAACUGGACUAUUUAUCCGUUUAUUUGCAAACGGUGAGCUGAGUUUCGACCAGGGAGAUGUCUGCCUUGUACAAAGAUGACCAGGAGGACUGGAUGACAGUCUGCUUCAAGUACCUCCUGUUUGUCUUCAACUUCCUGUUUUGGGUGGGUGGUGUGGCAGUGCUGGGCGUGGGCAUCUGGACCCUGAUAGAGAAGAGUGACUACCUGAGUCUGCUGGCCUCCAGCACCUUCGCUGUGUCGGCCUACAUCCUCAUCCUGGCCGGGGGACUGGUCAUGGUCACAGGCUUCCUGGGCUGCUGUGCUGUCAUCAGGGAGCAGAGGAGCUGCCUGGCCACGUACUUCUCCUGCCUGCUGCUGAUCUUCCUGAUUGAGUUGGUGGCUGGAGUCCUGGCCUAUGUUUACUACCAGCGGCUCAGCGAGGAGCUGAAGCUGAAUCUGAACCAAACUAUGACGGAGAACUACGCCCAGCCUGGGAAGGACUCCAUCACUCUGGCCGUGGACAGGCUACAGCAGGACUUCAAGUGCUGUGGCAGCAACAACUCUUAUGAUUGGCUGCACAGCGUGUACGUGACAUCACAGGAGAAGGAAGGCAGGCUGGUUCCUGACAGCUGCUGUAAGACCAUCACUCCUCUCUGUGGAAGGAGAGACCACCCAUCCAACAUCUACAAGGUGGAGGGGGGCUGUAUAACCAAGCUGGAGCAGUUCCUGGCGGAUCACCUGCUGAUCAUCGGAGCCGUGGGGAUCGGCGUAGCCUGUCUGCAGCUUGCUGGGGCAGUGUUGACGGGCUGCUUUGUCUAUCUGCUCUAUAAAGAAGAGGAAGACUUCUCAGCCGUGUGAUUGGCUAGCCUCUGUUUGGUCCCUGCUCAACUGGGACAGGACAAGAUCUGUGGGAUGGUGUUUACCUGCUGCCUGCAUAGAAGGAUCAAGAUGGACCCUUACUGAACCCACAGUCUGACGGAGCACCUUGCCUGCUGUACUCCCAGUAGUCGUGAACUUUGACCCUGUGACCUUAUUGGCCUAGGCUGACCAAACACCCCCGUGACCCUGCCAUAGAGUAAAUCCAAACACGACCACGUUGUGGAGUGGAGCUUUAUCAUUAUAGAAUUCUCUGCUACUGAAUAUACAUUGACUCCCAUUGUCUUCCUGGCUGAGUUAUAUACAAGCAAUGUGGAGACGCAUGCUUUUCUCUGAACUGGAAACCGUACUGCUGUGAAUCGAAGGCGUCUUUUAAAGGAGCAUAAACCUGGCUCAUGGUAAUGUGCAGUAGUGGACUGGACUAUAGUGUGUAAGGACUGCUGCUUGUGAGUGGUGGGUGGUUCUUUACAGUACUGUGUGAAAACCAGUGAGUGCCUCGACAGGUUAUACUGAAUAGAAGUAUGUCUGUUUGAUUGAUUGUAUUUCAUUGUAAUGUCAAAUCCACAAAGGGAGCUUUUUCGUAAUACAAUGUUUGAUCUAUAUUGCUGGAAAUUGUAUUAACUAGUCAAACUUUAAAUAGGGAACAAUGUUCUUUGAUGAAAAUAUAUAACAGAAGAUAUGACCAGAGUAUAGCUAGUGAAAAUGUAACUUUACUGGAUUAUUAAUAAAGCACUGACAUUUUAUUUUUUACAUUUUAACUGACCAAUUUUGCAUCUUGACUAUCUUGUAAAUGUCAGUUAGAGAUGUAUGUACGCAGUAAGACCAUCAACGGCUUUGUAGUUACCUUGGAUGACCAAAUACCAUUUGCAUCUUUCCAGCCACAUUCGUUCUCCAGAACCUUUGAACAUUACAGAAUUGUUGGGGUGUUCUACAACAAAACCCUCCAAAUACAUCCUGUUAGAUGAAACAUUCACAACAAUGUAGAUCAUGCAGCAAAUACUGAACGUAUGGGUGUUAUUUUAAAUAGGUUAGAUUUUUUGCGUUUUGAAUUCAUCUUCCAUCUGUGGUCCAGUCCACUGUCUGAAACAAACACUCCAUCUAGUGGUCAUCGGGGGUUUCACACCUGUGUGAGGUUCCUAACAUGACGCUGGUGUAAACUCAAAUCGAAAUGCAAAGUGAUCCUUUUUUACCUGACCUCAAGAAGCAAAUGGACCUUAUAGAUGUUAUUAGUUAGCCAAUUCAUGAAUGAGUAUUCCUCAUAAGAGACUAGGGAGUCACUGUCGUUUUGAUGGUACCACCCUCAUUAACUACAUACGGAAUUUCCUCUUGCUUGAUAACAUCUCUUACAUGAAUAUUCAUUACUAUCAAGAUGCAAUUGUUUUGUGUGUAUGCAUACUACUGUACAUGCCGCAGUGAUGAUCUCCUAGAAGUGUUGUUUUUGAUGAACUCUUGCCCGAAUGCAGAUGCCUUAUUAAUGAACAGGGUUAUGAGUAAACGGGUGAUGGAAAUUCAUACUUUUAAGAAUUAGUUUGUCUAAUAUCCUGGAAUAGCACGUGCUACUGACUCAUCUCUUAAAUAUGAAAUAUAUUCAUUGAUGUGAAAAUACAUUUGUCUUAAUUUUGUAUGGGCUGAAUAAAUAUGACUAUAUUGAAGUUU